CCUUACAGAACGGAAGAAAAAAAAGGAAGAACUAUCUCUUGAAGCCGCAGCACACAUAACUUAUUUUGAGGUUGCUUCUCUUCCGCCGCAUCCGUGUUCACUGUCUCCGAGGUUGCAGGGUUUCACGGCUCCAAUGGCGGCUUUCGAUCACUUCGGAAACAUGUACGAAGUCGCAUUCAAGCCCCGCCUGCUUCUCUCACUCAUAAGAGACCAUCUUCCCGACGAGAAUAGUUCGUUCUCGGACCCCUCUAAACUCUCAAAGGCCGUGUCACUCGUAAAAACGCACUCUCUUCUAUCCGAGUCUUUCCUCGCAGACUCCACGUCCGCCAAAGUAAUCGAAGCCUGGAAAUCCGCAUUCUCCUCAUGGCUCAACCGCAUAUUCUCCCUCCUCUCCACCUCCAUGCCUGAUAAAUGCUGGGCGGGGAUCUCUCUGCUCGGGGUGACAUGUGAAGAGUGCAGCUCUGAGCGUUUUCUGGAAUCUUACUCUGCGUGGUUCAACAAGUUGCUGGCUUUUCUACAGUCACCAGCAGAUUCACAUCUAGUGAGGGUAGCGGCUUGUGCUUCAUUGUCGGAUAUAUUUAUAAGGUUAAGUAGAUAUCCUAAGAUCAAGAAAGAAUCAUCUUCCUGUGCUGUUAAAGUUGUUCAGCCUACAUUGAAGAUGUUGACUGAUGAGAACUCAGAGGCAAUAUGGGAUGCUGCAGUUCAUUUGUUAUGCACCAUAGCAACCUCAUUUCCAUUUUCGAUUCGUAGUCAUUAUGAUGGUGUAAGCUUCUCUUUUUUUGGAAGUCCUUAGUUUCUGUUUGCAUGAGUAGAAUUUUGCUUUAGACAAAUUCCACUGCCUCCUUCUAUACUUUUACCAGAGCAAGAAUUUCAAACUCAAGUGG